UCAGUUUUUAUUAGACAAAUCUACAGAAUCCAGAUUAUGUCACGGAUGUAAGGAUGUGAUUUGAUUGUCACAUGGAAUCAUCCAACAAAACUUUAGAACUGUGUUUUAUUUUCUUGUUUAAAAUGACAAAAACCAACACGCAUGCAGUGAACAGAAGUUCAGACAGACUGUAUAAAACACACACACACACACACACACACACACUGAUCAGCCGUCACAUUAAACCCACUGAAGGUGUAGUGAAUAUCGCUGGUCACGGUGGCAUCUGUGAGGGUGGUGGAGUUUAUUAGACAGCAAGUGAACAGUCAGAUCUCGAGGCUGAUGUGUUUGAAGCUAGAAAAAUGGUCAAGUGUAUGCAACUGUAUGUGUCCUCUUACAGCAGGAUGAUGCUCCCGGACACACUGCAGAAACUGUGCAGGAACGGUUUGAACAUGAGUUCAUGGUGUUGAAUCAGCCUCUAAAUCCCUCAGAGCUCGAUCUAGUUGAGCGUCCAUGGGAUGUGAUGGACAAAUCAGCUCUGAUCAGCUUCCAGUUCCUGCAAGCGCCUCGGUGCCAGAUACCACACACACCUUCACAGGUCUUGCGGAGUCCAUGCCACAGUGCCUCAGAGCUGUUGACGUCAUUAGGAGGAACCACACAAUAUCACGCAGGUGGUUUUAAUGUCUGGAACCAGCUCAGUAGUUCAUAAACUCUGCAGGUCUGAGCUGAGGGAAGAGCUGGUGGUGUGCGAUGCUGCUUCAGGAGAUCAGUGAGAUACACCAGAGCUAAACCACACUCAGAUCUUUCUGAGUUAAUUGAGGAGCUUGUAGUUAUCCACACCAGCGCGUGCGCCAGAGAGUAACUUAUGUUACGCCCCCCAAACCUCCCCUCGUUCUUCUGUAUGUGUGUGUGUGUGUGUGUGUGACCACUCUCCCCACACCGCCCUCACUGUCAUUGCUUUAGUGGCCACGUCUCAAAUCCACUUGGUAUACAGAAGUGCACCUCUCACACACGCAGGCAAGCACGCCUACACGCACGCUCUCUCCAGCGCGAGCAUUCUCACUCCAUAAACCGACUCGAAGAAGAGAGCGGUUAUCUCACGCGCAGUCGCGCACCCUUCUCCGUUCUAGCGGCUGCAAUGCUGCAUUUCCGUAUUCCUGCCCCCGCUGCGUUGGUGCUGGUGCUCCUGCAGGUUGGUGUCAUGGUGGUGUUUAUUGGCUGGUAUGGCCAUAUUACCCCUUUCCCUUCUGAGUCUACCACAGCGACUGGGGGCAAAGUUCAUGUGCUGCUGCUGUCGUCAUGGCGAUCAGGGUCAUCGUUCAUGGGCCAGGUGUUUAAUAAACACCCAUCUGUCUUUUACCUGAUGGAGCCGGGGUGGCACGUGUGGGGGUGGCUUCAGAGUCCGGCCGCACAACGCAUGCGCAUGGCAGUGAGAGACCUGAUACACCAAAUCUUCCUGUGUGACUUCAGCGUGAUGGACGCCUACAUGCCCAUCAACUACAACGUCUCCAACGUGUUCAUGUGGAGCCACAGCCAGGCUCUGUGUUCCCCGCCGGCGUGUCCGCCCGUGUCCUCGGAACACACCAUGCCACAGAUCCCACGGUGUACCGAGCACUGCGACGUGUCGGGGUUGGGUCGGGCGCAGGUGGCGUGUCAUACCUACAGCCACGUGGUGCUGAAGGAGGUGCGUUUCUUCGAGCUGGAGUCUCUGUAUCCGCUGCUGCAGGACCCGUCAAUCGACCUGCGCAUCCUGCACCUGGUGCGUGACCCCCGGGCCGUGCUCCGCUCCCGCGAGCAGUCAGUCGAAGCCUUACUGAAGGACAGCUCCAUCGUCCUGGGUAGAAAUAUGCUGAAAUCUGACUCACAGCUUCUUGUCAUGCAGGAAAUCUGCAGGAGCCACAUUCGGAUCUACGACACCGCCAUCCGUAAGGCACCCGACUUCCUGCGAGGACGCUACAAACUGCUGCGAUACGAGGAUGUGGUGCGAGACCCGCUAGGAGAGGUGCAGCGCAUGUACGACUUUGUGGGACUCAAGAUGACAGAGCCACUGCAGGAGUGGCUCCAUCAAGUCACACACGGCAAGGGCAAGGGGACGCCCAGUGAUGCUUUCAAGAUCACCGAGCGCAAUGCCUCCGCAGUCUCGCAGGCCUGGAGGACGGGUUUAGACUUCAACAAAGUCCAGCUGGUCCAGGAGGUCUGCAAGAGUGCCAUGUCUCUGCUGGGUUACCGUCUGGUCAACAGCGAGGAGGAGCAGAAGCAGCUCAACAUCGACCUCACGCGCCUGAAAAAGUACAGCUUCUCCUGGCACUCGACUAAUAGUUCUGCCACUAAAACGACCUGAGAGAAACUGGGCAUCAGACUGGACCUGAGCUGCAACUCAGCAGUUCAUCACUUAUUUAUUAUAGCUGGUGAAAAAAGACAGCAAAGAUUCAUGUCCUGUAGCUUCUGAUGAAAAGGUGUGUGUGUGUGUGUGUGUGUGAGAGAGAGAGAGAGAGAGAGAGAUGCUAGUUUCUAUUCUAUGAGAGAAUUUAGAGGAACUUUUCCUCAUGAAGACUUUCGCACCAGUUUAGCGCACCAUGCUGAGGUGAGGCUGUACACCUCCAUUCACCUACGACCUACUGCUGUCCAGAACUGUAGGAGGAAGCGGUUUCGGGGUAAAAAUGUUGACCAGCCUCAUUUAUGGAUCUGUAGAUGGAUGUGUGUGGAAAUCAUGUGUGGGUGAGCCUUUACACAACAAAUUUGGUAUUUUUGAAAAUCCUGUCAAUUGAGGAACACCUUCACCUCCUACCCCUGUGUGUGUGUUUGUGUGUGUGUGAUGUGAUGUGGUUCUCUUCUAUGAGAUUAAUGUAAAGUUCAUCAGAAUAUCAUACUGAUCAUUUUAACACCUUCAGUUCACUUAUUUAUGUUAAAUAAAUCCACAAUUUACUUAAUUCUCUUUAUCCAGUACCUAUACAGUGGGGUCCAAGUGUCUGAGACGAUGAGUGAAAAUGUUUGCUUUUCUUUUUCAGAUAGAUUUUAUCAACAAAUUAUAUCAUCAGCAGCUUGAGUCGGAAAGUGGACAGUGUGAAAUAUUUACCUGAGUCUUUGCCAGCGUUCACUUUGUCUCCUUCCUGCUGUAGUGACGGGAGAGACAGUGAGCUGCACAGACUUCAGGAUCCUGUAAUACCUAACCAUCCCUUUUAGAUCAGAUCCAUCAGCGUGUCUGAUCAGCAGUAGACGAGCUCAGACCUGAGGAACAUCGGCAGUAAACGCGAUCGGCAUCACACUUUAAAUCAGGGACGGUUUAUCUUCAAUUCUUAAUAUAUUAAAAAGUGGACCCCACUGUAUAUGGGUGUGACGCGAGUGUGUGUGUGUGUUGAUAAAUGGCCUUCACCUGACUCCACAUCUACCGUGUUGUUUACAGCAUAGCUAAAGUGUUUUAGCUACAUCUUUUCUUGUCCAUGCCCAUUUCCAUAUCUCCUCCCCCUCCCUGUCCCUGCCUCUUUUAUUUAUCACUCCUGUUCCACACAGUGUUGAAGGUGUUUUGUUUUCUGGUUGCUGGUCUGUUAUUCUUGUUAGCAAGCAGUUGAAUAUUUGUCGGAUUUACAUGAAGGCAUCACGUGAAACAGAUGAACUGACAAGAUGUUUGGAAAUCUUUCAAACAGGUUAAUGGUACAGCAAGAUCAAAUGUCUGAUAUAGUGUCCCGUACAAGCUGGCUUCCUGUUUGAAGUGUUUCAUUUGGUAUUUGGUUAUAGUAACAGCAAAGACUAAAUGUGGUACCAGUGCCGGUGCUGGUGGUGAAGGUGUUGCAGUUCAGCAAAACACAAUUAAUAAAAAUGAAAUGUUUAUGUAAGACUCCGUUAAUGAUAGCAGUUAAAGUGAGAUUUUACUGUAUUUUAUAGAAAAUAUUUACUUUAUUCUGGCAAAUGUGGUCUGUGUGUGUGUGUGUGUGUGUGUGCCUCUUUUCUGAAAUGAUGUUGAAUCAGAUAUGAAGGCUCUGUGUAAAAGUGAUAAUUUAUUAGUGUGAUUGUGGUUUAGUUUAAGAUUAUCAGCGAGGGUCGUGUUAACGGUACACAGAGGGACUAAGGAAACAAAAAAAUAAAUGACUUUACAUAUUUUGACACUCA